UUUCUGGAUGAGUUUUAGCUGCUAUAUAUUCCAUCCUAUGACCCCUCCUACCCACUGUUACGUGCUAACUGAAUAUGGCACAAGCGUCCGCUACUUCCACGCCAAAGAGGUACGCACUUGUCACCGGAGCAAAUAAGGGGAUCGGAUUUGAGGUCUGUAGGCAGCUGGCGUCUAGUGGGAUUUUCGUGCUUUUAACCGCCAGAGAUGAAAAAAGGGGCCUUGAGGCUGUUCAAAAGCUCAAGGAUUGUGGCAUAUCUGAUGACUUACUGGGUUUCCAUCAGCUUGAUGUUGUAGAUCCUCACAGCGUUGCUUCCUUGGCUGAAUUUGUCAAAGCCCAGUAUGGAAAACUCGAUAUUUUGGUAAACUACUUUACUUCACUUUUACUCUAUAAUUUAAAAUUUCGGCAUAGAUAUGGAGCCCGUCUGGUAACACGAAAAUCGGCUUAUUCCGCUUAAAUUUACGAAGUUCUGUUUGAAGUGGUUGUAAUUAGUUUGUUCCGCUUGGCUGGUUUAAAUUUACUCGUGAGCGACCUGAAAACCACCUUUCUGAAGAGAGAGUUGAUGAAGUUGGGAAGCAGUUUCUGAAGGAUUUCAGGGAGGGUUUGCUAGAAACCAAAGGCUGGCCUCUUCAAGUCUCGGCCUAUAUUGUUGCCAAGGCUUGUAUGAAUGCCUACACAAGGAUCCUGGCAAAAACUCAUCCAAGCUUUCGCGUCAAUGCCAUAUCUCCUGGAUUUUGCAAGACUGAUAUAACCAACAAUCUUGGUCCUUUGACUGCAGCUCAAGGAGCCGAAUAUGUUGUGAGGUUAGCACUGCUUCCCAAAGAUGGGCCUUCUGGCUGUUUCUUUAAUAUGACAAAAGAAUUGCCAUCUUUCUGAUUGAUUAGUUCAAGAGCAUGUCAUUGUGUUGUGAGCUGAAAACUUUAAUUAUCCCUCAGAAAUUUAAAUCUACAGUAUUUUUAGUCAAAAUAUCUAGACAAGGUUGUGGUGUGCUGAUUAUAUUUUUCAUAUAUGUGUAUAGAUAGAUAUGCUAUAAGUUUUUUUUUAUAUGAAAACCAAGAAGUCUGUACUACCUAUGCUGGGAAUGUAAAAUAUAUUUCAUGUUAUUAAGUUCAUUGUAUAGUAUAAAUUUGGUCAUGCUCCAAU